CGUUUCAGAAAAGCCCAAUGUCCCGUAGUCGAACGUCUUACUAAUUCACUUAUGAUGCACGGGCGUAAUAACGGCAAAAAACUCAUGGCUGUUCGAAUAGUGAAGCAUGCAUUCGAGAUUAUACAUUUACUUACCGAUCAAAACCCCAUCCAAGUGUUGGUGGAUGCUAUCAUUAAUACUGGACCUCGAGAAGAUUCGACCCGUAUCGGUAGUGCUGGUACUGUAAGACGGCAAGCAGUUGAUGUGUCUCCUUUGCGUCGUGUCAACCAAGCGAUAGCACUUUUGACCAUCGGGACUCGUGAAUCCGCUUUCCGAAAUGUCAAAAGUAUUGCUGAAUGUUUAGCCGAUGAACUCAUCAACGCUGCUAAGGGAAGUUCAAAUUCAUAUGCUAUCAAAAAGAAGGACGAACUUG